GCUGUUUUAUGAAUACUCACAGCAGGGUAAGCACACACACAAUGAUGUGAAUGAUGGUAGAAGAGAAGUCCUGCUUUCUACUGAUCUAAUAUCUACAGAUCCUGCAUUCAUUCAUUCAUUCAUUCAUUCCAUUUCAUUUCUUACGUCAGCAGAGGGCGUCAUCUCAGCCAGCUGCAGUGUCACUCCACCCCCCACCCCUGUCUCGGGGGUUUAUUUAACCCGAGAAGCUCACAGACAUGCACAGUGAGCAGUAAGUGUGUCGGGUGAAGGACGGCACGAUGCGGCCCUUCUUACCACUGCUGCUGCUCGGUCUGCUGCGACCCUGCACCGCUGAAGCCCCGCUCAAGCAGCGGUGUGACUUCUCCACAGAUGGCACCAUUUACAAAUACCAGGCAAAGACUCUAAAUGGGAAUCACACUGUGAACUUCAGUAACUACAGAGGCAAGAUUGUCCUCUUCGUCAAUGUGGCUACAUACUGAGGAUACACUUUUCAGUAUGUGGAACUGAAUGCACUACAUGAGGAGAUGAAAUCACGCAGACUCACCGUUCUUGGAUUUCCCUGCAACCAGUUUGGGAAACAGGAACCGGGGGAAAGACAUGAAAUCCUGCCAGGUUUAAAACAUGUCAGACCGGGCAAUGGAUUUGUUCCAAACUUCCUGCUGUUUGAGAAAAGUGAUGUGAACGGACAGAACGAGCAGGAGGUUUUCACUUUCCUUAAAAACUCCUGCCCUCCAGUUGGAGACAGCUUUGGGGACCCUGAUAAGAGAUUGUUCUGGACGCCUCUGAAGGUCAAUGACAUCAAGUGGAACUUUGAAAAGUUUCUGGUGGGGCCGGACGGGAAGCCUGUAAUGAGGUGGCACCCAAGUGUCAACAUUUCUGAGAUCCGAGCUGACAUCCGUAAAUACCUGCUCCAAUUAUACACUUCUGUGGAAGAUAUUUUUAAUUAGAUCUCAGUGAUUCAUCAAGCAGCAUUGUCCAUUUACUGAAUUAACCGUGAUAACAUGCACAAGUAGAAUGUACAGUAAGAGAGAGUAAUGCUAACAAUUUCUGAUGCACGAAGAUGACAUCUUGAAUGAUGAGGAGGCUUGAAAACAGAAAUUCUGUGGUGCCUCUUUGGAGUCUGGGUUUCAGGACAGCUCUUCAGUGCAUUCGGGCUGCCCUGUGCUCCCAUAGCAUCAUGUCAUCUUCUCCUCCCAGGCUCUGUUAGCCAUUACAACCUAAAUGUUAAUCACUUCCAAUAAAUCAUAGAGA